AUGUUGGUGAACAGCCAAAGUACGGUUUCUAUCAUUCUUUUACUGCUGAUCACAGGCUUUAAGCCAUCCACCACUUCAUUUCUUGAAUAUAUAUGGCCAACAGAAGAGAAUGGCGAUGCUUCAACGGCUGUGGAUUCUUUUCCUUCGGUACCGUACGAAUUAACCGAUGGUGAAGAAAACUUUAUCCGAGAAGCUUCUAAAUGGAUUGGUACGCACCUUUCCAAGCUGGACCUCUGCCAUCAUCGUAUUAUUUUGAAGUUGAAAAAAUCCUGCCACGAGUUAAACGCCGAACAGCUGGGGAAACUUUCCGUGUGGCUGCUCAACUGUCAGUCCGAUUCGGAAGGUCGUUCGAUGUUUCCCUGCUUGGAUGAAAUGUCUUUAAGCCAGUGUACCGAACGGAUGGAUCCUAAUACGUGGAACGCGUAUCAUCUGAUCACGAACCGUGCGAAGGCGGUUUGUGCUAGCGUACGGCACGAACAGUUCCGUGGACUUACCGAGCUGACGGUGAAUAAGCUCAUGACUACGGCCCACGAGCAGGUACGGCUGAUGGACGAACUUGCAGAGCGUCAGCAAAAGUUGCAAACAGUCUCAAAGCAAGUGGUUGACGAUAUGGAAGGCAAAAAUGAACGAAUAAUGCAACAACAGGGCGAUAUAAUGAAGCUAUCCGAGGUGCACCGUGCGAAGGUUGAGUCAAAUUAUCGUGAUUUGUUGCGUGAAAAGGGUCUCAUAAAGGCUGGCCAACAAGAAGUCGCAUUACUGUUGACCGAUCUACGCAAUCGUAUCGAUGAUAGCAUGGCCCAGUUGGAAGUACAAUCGAAGCAAAGCAAAGUGAACCACAACUCACUUCUAGCCGAUCUGGAACGAUUGCAAGCGAAUGCGGCUGAAAUAGCGGCCAAGAUAGAACAAACUGGAGUUCACUUUACACAGCAUUAUCGUGCAGUAGAAGAGCAGUACCGGUACACAUUGGAGCAGGUGCAACGCAUUAACGCCACCGUAGUCAAUAUGCUCGAGUCGCUCAAAAACCUGCAGCAAGAUUUUAACCGUCAGUUAGCAUGGCUGGUGGAAAAGAUCGGUGGUAGCGAAAACAUUCUCUCGAAGCUAAAUGUAAUCCUCAUGCACCUGGGCUACCUACUGCUGGGUAUGAUUUGUCUUGCAUUUGUCGGUGCGGACAAACUGUUACGCGUUGUAUUUAUUGUUGCCGUACCGGGGAAUCUGUUCGGCGGAUUGUUGGAACUAUUCGAACCGGAUUUGCUACGGCUAACGAUUGGAUUGGGAUGUGUAGCUGUGGUAGAUUUGUUGACACGCUCGGUUAUUAAAUUCAUUGCAUUGCGUGAUUCUUCAGCGGCAACAGCAGCAGCAGCAGCAGUAGAAACGCCAAAAUAUAGCAAUCGUAAUACAAACGAACACAACUCUCCCUCACGAUCACGUCCCACCGAGGAAAGUGAUGAAGAAGCCGAUGAAGUGUACGAUCAUGGUUCGACGCAACGUAGGAAAAGUGUCACAAGGGAACAGUCGACCAGCUCCACCGCUUUGGGUUCCGUCCGACGUAGUGUUUCACGGUUUGCCGAUGACUUUCGUAGACGUAGUGUAACCCCACUGGAGGCAUCAUUUGGCGAGCGCCAGCACUGUACCGCUAUAACGCUUCGAGGUGACCGUUGUCGAGGUUUUGCACUGGCUGGUACAGAGUUUUGCCGCCUGCACGAACCCAGAGGUUUGUGA